AUGGAGACCCUCAUUUACAGCCAGCGAUUAACCCUCCUCCGCCUAACAGAUAUCUCAUCAAUUUCCUCACCGCACGUUCGUCUCUUCCACGAAAACUGGUCCAACCACGAUGCCACAGGAUGGAGUCUCCAUGGACCCACGCACUCCUUGGAAGAAAGCUAUGAGUGGAUGAAAGAACAACUAGCACCAUCACCAGGAAACGAUAGUAUGUUCUACUCUGUGUUUGCAACAUCCAGCCCUUCGGCUUCGACUUUGAAAAGCAACGAUGGUGAGGUUGGCGACGAAACUGGCUUAGGGGAGCAUGUAGGCAGUGUAAGCCUUCGUCUUCAGCCCAGCGGUCCCUCCAUCCCUCUUCCGCCUCCAUCCUCGGAAUACCCACACUCAUCAACAGAGAGUAUGAGGGUAUUAGGAUACGCCUUCUUUCCCUCAGCACGAGGCAAGGGAUAUGCGACGGAAGCGGGUCACGCGCUGUUGAACGCUUAUGCUGCUUUUGUGUCUUCGUCGUCGGCAACCCAAAACAACAGCCAAGAAGGACAUGGGAUAGAGAAAGCAUAUGUUGAAGCAGCAGUAGACGAGGACAAUCCCGGUAGCAUCAAGGUAUUGGAUAAACUCGGGUUCAAGAAGCUGGGUUGGAAGCAUGAGGAGGAGAGGGUGUUUCUGAAUGGAGCAUGGAGGGGACCUGGGUACUGGGUAUAUGGCCUGUUUGUUUGA